AUGCAAACAACAGUGACAUGCCGAUUCUUAGUCCUUGCAGUUACCUAUUUGUUCUUGCUGGCAACCUUAGGAGCCCGGGUUGGGUCCAGGAUUUCACCGGAUGUUUUCGAAUGCAAUCGUGUUGCUCCAGUAGUUAGGGACUGCUAUGCUUACUUGAGCGGGAAUGACAAAAAGCCAUCAGAACCUUGCUGCAGUGGAGCUAAGAUGAUUAUGGAAAUGGCUUCCGAACCAGGAAAGAAGUUUCUCGGAUGCAAGUGUUUCAAGGAAGAAGAUUCGUAUCUUAGCAACAUCAAUCAAAAUGAAAUGUUGGAGCUCUCUAAAGGGUGCAACAUGAAUUUGACACCACUCUCCUGCAGUUAG